AUGUCGUCCCAGCCUACGACUAUGCGUCAGACUAUGGCCUCGGAUGACAACUCGCGUAAAGGCUUCGGCGAACUCUGGGAUGAGGCGCUACAGCGUUACAAGAAGGAAACUAAACAAGACCUGCUCUCGCUUCCAUUCGCAAAGGACUUUCCAUCUCGUCCCAGCAACGCCAGCAAGGUUUUGGAGCAUUUCAAGAAGCGGGACGAGUCGUUCAAGACCUUUCGCGACCUAGGGCACAAGGUUCUGAGUGUGUUGGAGAGUAUCGUGCACUUCGUGCAUCUCUUCAUCGAUUCAGGCGCCGAAGCCGCUGCGGCUUCCAACGUCGUUCCCGGGGGAAAGGCCAUUUUCGUCGCUGUCGGCGCGAUGCUCCAGGCCACGCAGGGUGUCAGUCGAUUAUACGAUGCUGUCGAGACUCUCCUACAGAAAGUCACGGACUAUCUUGAGCGUGUCUCGAUUCAUCUUGAACCGCUGACGCCGCCGAGCCCCGCACUCAUGGACAUCCUCAUUGAUACGCUCGUCCACAUUUUGACCACCUUGGCCCUCGCGACGAGGUAUUGCAACUCUGUGAUUGCUAGUGAUUCGCGUGCGAAGAAUGUUGCGAGGGCUGUGUUCCGACGCGGGAAGGACUACUUCCGCGUGCUGGUGGAUAAGACGGGAGUUCAGGAUACCCUUGACAAGCUAGAAGCACUGACGGAAAAGGAACGGCUGCUGACUGCUGUCAGUUCUUAUGCCGCCAUUCGAGAAGUUCAGCCGCAAGUCAAACUGAUAUAUGACGAAGCAGCGCUCAGCGCCCUUCGUUCUUGGCUCCGCCCACCGGACCCGAAGCCAGCGAACUACGACAACAAGAGCAGACCCGGUAGUUGUCAGUGGUUCAUCGACAGUCAGCAGUUCAAGCAGUGGAAAGCCAGCAAGGAUGAUGUUUACUGGGUCUACGGCAAUGCUGGGGCUGGAAAGAGUGUAUUAUGCUCGGCGGCUAUCGACUCACUCAGGGAGGACCCCACACUGCUACUAGCUUACUUUUACGUCGAUUACAGCACACUCGAGCAACGUGAAGGCUGGUCGGGACUUGUAUCUUCCUUGAUCUUUCAGAUAGGAACUGGACCUAAAGCUUGUUUCGAUUACAUCGAGGCGAAACGGAGAUCCGAUCCAUCUCCUCGCGAUCGCCCGCCCUACCUCAAUCUCCUCGAGAUGCUCUCCGACUUGCUGCCCAUAUCUGGUCGUACGGUUCUUGUCCUUGACGCCCUCGACGAACUUCCUGAAUCUACGCGGCGAAACUACUUAUUCCCUUUCCUUGAGAGGCUUCGCCUCGACUCGAGUAAGGCCAAAGUCCGCUGGCUUAUCACAAGCCGCCCUGAGUCUGACAUACGGGAUCAUUUCACGUCUUCUCCAACCCGCUUUGCUACGUACAGCCUUGAUUUGGAUGGCGCUUCGCAACAUGAGAUAGAAUUGAAUGCCUACGUGGCGAAUCACCUUUCUCGUUUACACUUGAGUCGUUGGCCGGCCGUCAGAGCGAAGGCGGAAUCAAUACUGGUCGAGAGAGCCAACGGGAUGUUCUUAUGGGUAGAUCUCCAGCUCCCUCGCCUCAGAAGCUGCGUGAAUGAGAUCGAAGUGGAGGACACCUUGCAGGCGCUUCCCAUGGGCCUUCAUGAUACAUAUAACCGCAUCCUUGAAAACAUUGAUCAUUCCGUGAACUCGAUACAACGUGUUCGCCGCUUGUUGGAAUGCAUAGCUUCAGCAAAACGUCUGCUGUCCUUGAUCGAGGCCAUAGAGAUUUGUUCCAUCGAUUUCGGCUCUGCGAUACCUCAGCCGUCUAGUGCGGCCAUCACGACCGGCGAUGAGGGCUCUGAAGGAUUGAUUCGCAGCCUAUGCCCUGGCCUUCUUGACAUCGUCACUACAGACGAAGGACAACCAACAGUGCAAUUCAUUCAUUUUUCAGUUCAUGAAUAUCUUCUGUCUUCAGAACUGCGAGAGUCCAGCUCGCGUGCGCAUCUGUAUAGCAUUACAGAGCACUCUGCGAACCUUGCACUGUCCAAGAUAUGCCUUUCAGUUCUCGUUAUGGAUGACCCAAUUACAGUAUUACGAGCCUAUGCAGAUGACUACUGGGAAGAGCACGUGUCUCCCAGCAACGAAGACGAUCUCGGCAAUUUCCUCGACGCCUUCCUUCAGAUGGAAUCUCUAUCUUUCGCCCGUUGGGCUAGCUCCAGUUCGCCGUUGAAUAGGGACGACACCGCUUUCCAUUGCGCUGCUAGGCUGAACUUAUGCCGUCAUGCAGAAAAGAUGCUGGCACAGUCUUCGGGCAACUCAUCUACACACACCAAAUCUCUCCUUACAAUUCCUGGUCAGUACGGUGGGUCUGCGCUGCAUCGAGCGGCGUUGGAGGGACGUAUCGAGAUGUGCCGCCUGUUGCUCGGCCACGGGGCCCUCAUCGACAGCACCGACAGUUCGGGAGACACUCCUGUGCACGAUGCCGCAAGAAGAGGACACUCGGAUGUCGUCCGUAUGCUUUUUGAACACUCCGCAGCGGAUGGGGCAGAUCCCACCGUUCGAUGUCGUGCACGCAAUGAGGACGGGCAGACCCCGUUGCAUCAUGCCGCACAUCGGGGACAUGCCGAUGUUUGUCGCCUGUUGCUUAGCUACGGAGCCCUCGUCGACGACACCGACAAAUACGGAGACACACCUGUGCAUGAAGCCACAAGAGGAGGAAACUCAGAUAUCGUCCGUGCACUUUUGGAACACCACGCAGAGGAUGAGACAGAUCCCACCGUUCGAUGUCGUGCCCGCAAUAACCAAGGGAAGACCCCGUUGCACAAGGCCGCACGUUGGGGACAUGCCGACGUUUGUCGCCUGUUGCUCAGCCACGGAGCGCUCAUUGACAACAUCGACAAAUACGGAGACACACCUGUGCACGACGCCGCGACGGAGGGGUACCUGGACGUAGCUCGUCUACUUUUGGAACAUCGCGCGAAGAAUACGCCACAAACCCUGCCAUCCGCACGGAGGCUCAGGGAGAACUUGCGCGAGCAUGCCGAGGCGGACUCCGAAGGGCCGUGGGGCGCCAUUCUCGAGGACUUCGCGUCUCAGCUCGAGGACCCAACAGAUGGGUCAGACUGA